GUGACCAGGUCCCGGGAUAUCGAACGUAAAUGUUUCUUGGUAACUUCAGCAUCAGGUCCCAACCUUGAAUGAGACAUCUGCUGUUGUUUGUUUUUCGAAGUGGAAAAUAUAAUGAUGCAGAUUUUGACAGAGAAAACACACAAAAGUAUCCUUUAACUUGAAUAGGGAGAUGUCCCCCCCACGGCUAUAAUCCAGCGUUCCGUGAAUACGGAGACGUAUUUAAGAAUGGAAAAUGGCGGCCGACUCUCCCCAAGGAUGACACUCAAACGGCAUUUUCUUCUCCAAAAUGCCGCGUAAGAAGCCGACCACUGAAUCGGAAGACGUCUUACAAUUACGAUGCAUGUGGGAGACCGUUUCUGUGUUCCAGUUUGUGGGGCUUUUCCGAUCUAAAUUCCAUUUCAGCCAAUUUGACAUAGAGGAUUUUGAAUACAGUCUGGUUCAAGAGGAGAGUAUAUUGGUUGCGGAUAUCAUUGCCCGGCUCCUGAGGUUUGCGUUGCAGCGAACGGACAUACAGAUAUUCAACUGGGAGGGGCAUAUUCAUCGGUUUAUCCAAGAAAAAGCGGGUCGGAGUAAGGGAUAUUUAAGUAGCGUGCCCUACCGGGCACUUUGUCCAAGGGACAGGCUUUUAUUGUUGAAGAAGUUAAUCGACACCGUUUAUGCUUGCAACUUUGAGGAGCUGACCGAAUUCUUGGAUGACCAUUACUGUCCUGAUGAUAUGCGAUUUCUGUCUGUUGGACAGGAUGCUCUGAAUAAUCAGUACUGGUACUUUAAUGGUUUACGACUGUACAAGGAUCUAGCGAGUCCCAAGAAAGGCAAGACAGCUUGGCAGUGCAUCUGCAAGGGUAUUGAAGAGUGGCAGGCAUUCCUGAAGUCCCUCUGCAAGAGCUUACACCCGGAUGAGAUAACGCUGUAUCACUAUCUACACGAUGAGGUGAUGCCCAUCAUUCAAGGUGCAUUGGAGGACAAAAGACAAGAAGCCAAGCAGAAAAGGAAGCGUUUGAAGCAAGCCGCCAAGGAAGGCAAGGAAGCCGAAGUAUUGCGAGAAUAUAACCUGCCUAAAAUCGACUAUCAAGAGAUUCUGCGUCAGGAGAGACAGGACAUUUCCAAGAUGUCAGACGAACUGACAAAGCUAGCUCAGCUGGCUAACAGUGCGGACUUACAGGUCAACACUCAAACCCUCCACUCCCCCUCGCUGCCCACCAUCAAAGAGGAAGGGAUGAUGAGGAAGCGACUGGAGGACGGCAGCAUCAAAGGAGACGGGGACCUAGGGGGCAAGAUGUGCCUGAAUGUGAAGCCGGAGAAGACGGGCAGCACCAGGUCCAAGAUGGGCAAAGACGGCGAGGAGGACGAUUCAGUGUUCCUACCUGAUCAGAACCUUGGCAACGGUCCGGACGGAAACAAAGACGAAAAGGUGCCACCUCGUAGUAAACGGAAAAGUGACUCCAAGGUGAAGGAGAUGGAUUGGUGCGGUAACGACGGAGACAACCUGAAGACAGCAAAGUCCAACGGAGAAAAUAAUAAGAUGCCAGACGGUGUUGGACAUACUGGAAUGUCUGGCCCAAUGAUGCCCUUUCAGCAACCACCCAGCUACCCCAUGACAGGCCCGAGGGAAGUAUGUGUCUUCUCUACCCACCUCGCCAACCAAGCUGCCCAGGCUAUCCGCACCGGCCAAGCCGAUUCCAUCCUGUCGUUUCAUCGCUCACAGUUGGCAAACAGAGAGUUUCUUCAUCCUGAGCAGGAUACAGACCUCAUGCGCAUGCAAGACACCAUGGCAUUGCCCAGUCAACAACAGUCGUUGAACUUCAACCAGCCCAACAUGGGUCACCCUCACCCUAUGAUGAUGGACCAGAACCCCACCAACCAAAUGCAGGGCAUGUCCUUGAAUCCACCUCAUCCGUCUCAUCAGUCUGGCCCAUUACCUCCAACCCAGCCACAGCAGAUGAUGGAUGCUGUGACCAAUGAACAGACCAAGCCAGCUGGUGGCCGUAAGCGUCCCGACCGGCCGAGUUCAACGACAGCAGACAGCAACAAUCCCACCAAGAACAGUACAGCUUCCAACAAGAGUGCGUCUGGUGAGGGGAACACCGGGAAACACAGCGACCUAGGCAGUGGCACCACCACCACUAGCUCCACCAAAUCCACUAAAUCGAAAUCCUCCAAGAGGAAGAGGCCUCCAUCUUCAUCUCAGCCGCUGCAGCCCAACAUUUCACAAGGACCCACAUUACCCGGAAUGCCGCCUGGCCCUAACUUUGGACCCUUUGGACCCCAACAGCCCUUUGGACCGGGCCAGUUUCCACCACAGAUGCCUGGAAUGCCAAACAUGGGAAUGCGUCCCCCGUUGCAGAGUGGCCCACCGCAGUCGGGACCACCAUUCCAAGUCGAGGCCACAGAGACCGAGAAUCUCGACCCAAGUGCUCUGUGGGAAAACCCGCCCAGCAACAAAAAGAUGCCGAAGAAUGCAAACUUAGCGUGGCAGCAGGAACAGCAGAUGCGUAUGAUGCAGCAGCAGGUCCCAGGACCUCACUUACCCAUGAUGCAACACCAGCAGUCUCCGAUGAUGUCACCGUGCCAUGAGCCAAUGAUGCCAAAUCGUUCUUUCCCAGAAGGUGGACAGUCACAUGACCCGUCCGAUAUGGGACCCUUUUCGCCCUCGUCGGGUGUGGGACCACAGUUUGAGCCUUCAAAUUACAAACCGCCUCAACAAAUAGACAAUCCCACUCCAGAACAGUUGCGGCACAGGGAAGAGAGAUUAAGGACCUUAAAAGAAAUGCAGCGCCUGUUAUUUCCGGAGGAGCAUCAGAACAGAUCACCCACUCCGGGGAGGUUGAUCUCUCCAAGUGGGGGCAUGGGAUCACCCCAAGGGGCCAUGAUGGCUCCCCAGCAAGGUAUGAUGAGGCCACCUGGGCCUGGAAUGAUGGGUCCGCAGCCAAGACCCAUGAUGCACGUGCCUAACAUGGGUCCUCAUCCCAAUAUGGACAACCCGGACCCCACUGUAGGACCUGAGCAGCGGAUGACGCAGGACCCAAUGAUCAUGCCACCACCGCCCGACUGGGAGAACAUGAACGCACCCCAGAAAGAGUGGUACAAACUUCAACAGGAGUUCUACGCGCACAAGAGACGCAAGAUGCUGAUGGAGCAGAUGAAGAUGGGGCACGGUCCCAGCCCCGGUCCCAUGCCAGAGCUCCACGGGCCAGGAUUCAGGGACCCCAUGGAUGUGGGAUCUUUCCACCCCGGAAUGCCGGGUGGACCGGGAAUGGGCCCGGGACCCGGCAUGGGACCAGGAAUGCCCCAUGGAAUGCCCGGAGACCCCGGAAUGCCUCCAUCUUCUUCUAUGGGCAGGUGUGUGCCAGGACCGGACAUGGACAUGACGAAUCAGGGGAUAUCCGGUCCUGGAAUGACGGGUUCCGGAAUGCCGGGGAUGCCCGGCCAGGCAAUGCCCAUGCCGGAUAUGCCGGCACAAACAGGACAAGGCAUGCCCCCACCGCCUCCUUAUCACGGAACCCACAAUGCAACGCAGCCAUCCAUGCCAAGAAGGUCCAGCCUGUCCGGUUCCGUUGGGCAGUCAUUAAAUCAACCAGCACCUCCCUUACCGAUGUCUCCCCAUCAAAUCCAGUCUGGACAGCCAUCACCAAGGGCCAGUCGAGCCAACUCCCUACCUGCUUCUGUCUCCUGUUCAACCACAGUGAGCAAUCCCACUGAACCGGUAUCAUCGGGAAGUGACAUUAAAUCCACCAGUAUUUCGUGUAAUAAUGUGCAAGCGGGUCAGGUCACCUCAGGUAGUAUUCCAAGUGGAGCCAUAUCAUCAGCAACUGGUCCUUUAGGAACCACCACAGCAGCCCCUGUCUCUACUGCACCUGUUACUGCAGGAUCGCAGUUGCCGAGCACGCAAGCAAGACCGGCAUCUCGCCCACCCACGUCACCUCAGCAGGAUAGUCCCUUCCGAACAGGCCAUCAACCACCAACACCAACGAAUGUUUCCAAUCCAAAUACCCCAGGGGAAUCCAGUAAAGGAGGGAAAUCACGUGCUACAGGUGGCAGCAGCGUGGAGCAGUCGCCGAGACCACCUCCAGCGGGAACUCCUGGGGGUGACGCAAAUGCUACGACGGUAAGGAUGAAUCCAAGCGGAGGCUCACAAUCCCAGCCCGGAACCCCUAAUUCGACUACGGUCAACGGAAGCAGGCAAGGGGUGGCCACUCCAAGCAGUAUGACGCCACCGGCAGUUAAACCGGGAUCCGAGCCAGCCGCCACGAAAUCCAGUGAGGGACAACUUACUCAGAGUUUGUCGAGCCAGAAGCCCUCAGAGAAUGUCGCAGGUGCUUCGACUACCUCUGCCCCUCAGCAGAGGUUGGUCAACUUUCCUCCUAGCCAGCUGAACAGAGACAAGGCGCCGAAUUUCCCACCUCGUGGUGAAGACCCUCAGCAGUACGCGUCAACGUUUUACCAGAAGGCCUCAAAAGAAUCCAGCAAACCUAGUGCAAGGUUACAGCAUUAUGGGCCGGGCAGUCCCAUGGGACCAGAAGUAAUGGGACCAAGUGGGGAGAAUUUGACACCACAGACUGGAUUGAUGAGGUCACAACCGGAUAUGAUCCCACCACAGCCUGGAAUGAUGGGACCACAGCAAAGAAUGAUGGUCCCGCAGGCUACCAUGAAUUCACAGCCUGAGUUGGGGACUUCUCAAACGGGGGUGAUGCCGUCACCGCAAAGAAUGUUGACGUCACAGUCGGGAAUGAUGACCUCACAGGCUGGGUUGAUGGCAUCACAACAGGGAAUGAUGACAUCACAGGCUGGAAUGAUGUCUUCACAGCAGGGGAUGAUGGCAUCACAAUCCAGGAUGACCAAUCCACAGGAAGUGAUGGCAUCACAACCCAGGAUGACAAAUCCACAAGAAAUGAUGACAUCACAACCCAGGAUGACAAAUCCACAAGAAAUGAUGACAUCACAACCCAGGAUGACAAAUCCACAAGAAAUGAUGACAUCACAACCCAGGAUGACAAAUCCACAAGAAAUGAUGACAUCACAAGCCCGGAUGCCCAGUCCACAAGAAAUGAUGACAUCUAAACAAAGGAUGACAACACCACUGGAUACAAUGACAUCACAACCGAGAAUGACGGCACCAUCAGAUAUGAUGGCAUCACAGCCAAGGAUGACAACACCUCAAGAAAUGACAUCACAAAGGAUGAUAGCAUCACAGUCGGGAUCAAAUGUGCCCGAUAAAGGCAUGCCACACCCAGGAAUGAUGCCAGAAUCGGGAAUGGUGAGAACACCUUCAGACAUGAUACCUCAUCCAGGAAACAUGACCCCACAGCAAGACAUGAUGGCCUCUCAGCACGCACCUCAUGGAGGAAUGAUGUCACCUCAGACUGAUAUAAUGGCACCUCAUGAUUCUUUGCCGCAUCAGCCUGGCAUGAUGCCAACGAGGAUGCCCACGUCGCAGCAAAUGAUGCCACAGUCGAAUACCAUGACAUCACGGCCGGGGAUGAUGUCACAGGCACGGAUGGGACAUCCUGGUGGCUUAAUGGGAUCGCAUGGGAAUGCGGGAAUGCCGCCGGAUGACAUGAUGUUGUCGCACAGCAACAUGACGUCGCAGGCAGGGAUGAUGAGGCCUCAUGGUGGCAUGGCAACAUCCCAGACUGGAAUGAUGACACAGCAGAGGAUGAUGUCGCCGCAGGCAGCCAUGAUGCAGCAGCACGGUAUGCCGGUCCAGACAAGGAUGUCUUCGCACAGUCCCGUCAUGGAACCCCACUCCAUGGGAAUGGAGCCUCACCCUAUGGACGGACCCAUGGGGUUCCACCCGAUGCACGGCAGCAUGCCCAACAAUGCAGCGAUGCAAGAGAUGCACGGAAUGCAUAACAUGCCCAGCAGGUACCCAGGACCAAAGCAAAUGCACCGGAACUUACCGGCAUCUUCAACCAUGGGACCCAACGCAGGACCCAUGGUUAGGACUAGCAUGGCAGCAGGUGGGUCACCUAUGAUGCACAUGGACGGGAAUCUGCGUGAGCCAGGCAUGAUGCCAAUGGAAAGCAAGUCCAUCAGUCAGUCGCAGGCCGGCCGGACAGUCCACACCUCAUCCCCGAGCCCACUCUCCUUACUGCAGAGCCGAUUCUCCCCGCCAUUGCUUCCGGACGGGAAGGGACCCAAGCAGACACUGCAAUACUUUCCCCAGGGGAAUCCCACCCCUGCCCCUCAGGCCCAGUCUGGCAACCCCCACCUGAACCCUUCGAACACUUCAGGGGCGCAAGGGCCCGGGCCGACACCCAAGCAAAUCCAAAUGCCAUUUCCUUUAGAAAUGGUCACAGGAAACCCACCUUCCAUGACACCGUCCUUUGGACCGUCGCAACGCAUGCCUGGCCCAUCCUCUAGAAUGUGUGGCCCGGAUACCAUGUACCCUCAGGGCUAUCCCGUGUCCAACAGACCGAGACACCAAAUGACUGGUUACAUGGGAGGUCCAAGACCACCAAUGCAAUAUGGAAGCCCACCCAUGGGAAUGCCCAACACCAUGGGCCAACAGAUGCCCGGAAACUAUGGUCCCGGCUAUGGCCCGCCGCAAUUGCCGGGCAGCAAUAUGGGAAUGGGUGACUCCAUGAUGCAGGGUUAUAACAUGCCAAAGUGAGACUCUACAAGGAGAAGAUGGUCGGAUGUCACUGUAGUGGAUGACUGAAUGGAACCGUUGCUUCCUGAAGCUGCUAAAAGUGGAUGGAUAUGGCCACAGGUCGUUACUGAUGCAGUGCGUGUAACGUUCUGCAUGAUAGUUGACAGCCACCGAGUUUACAAUGACAAGCCAAGAAUUCUGUGCAUGUGUUGGACAAAAGUUAUUUAUUUUUUGCCCAAAAAACGAUCACAAGAGUGAAGUGUAUUCGUUGAUAGGUUUUAUGUGGUUUAAUUGUGGCUAUUGCAUAUGAUGGAUUUAGACACACUUGACUUGUACAUGAACAGCGUGGGGCAUUACAUCUAAUGUGUUUUGUAAACUAUUAAGCUUUCCAAACAUUGGCUUUCACCUCCGAAUUAAGGAAGGGGAGCUCACGCAUUGAUAAUUGUUCGUCCUUUUCUUCUUUUUCAUUAAAACUCUGUCAAAGUUGCAACCGCGCACUUGCACCGGAGGCAUCAACUGUCAUGUCCAAUUCUAGAUUUUGCUGUCGGAAUUAUCCAAUCCAGUAUGAGAUUGGAUAUGAUGUCACUUUUAAUCCUGUGUGACUGGUGAAGAUGCAUCAUGAUGAAAGUCUUUGUCAGACCCUUCAAAUCUCUUAAAACCUGGACCAGGAACUCAUAAUAUCCUUUGUAUAUGUACACAGGCAUGCAGACUCUCAGUAGAUCUGCUGAUUGGUUCGUUUGUUUUUAAAUCUCCAUUACGUGCCGUUGCAAAUAGAAUAAUGCUGCACAGGGCUGACAGCAAAGUAUUUUUCCCCGUGUCGUUCCAACUUUCCCGCCUGUGUACACCCACAUACACGACAAAAUAUUCCCAUAGCGGAAACCUCCACUCAAGUGUUGGUCAGUUAGUUAGUCUCUUGAGAGGUAUUGGCUGUACGUCUGUUAGCAGAAGUUUGGUCACUCGUCAGAAACCUUUAAUGUGUAACCAAGGAAAUGGGGCUAGGAUCAAUGUAGUGUACAGUCUCACCAGCCUGCCAAACAAAGAAGGUAUAUGCAAUCGUAAAGUCUAGUUUAAUGUACAAUGUACCUGCAAGAAUAUGUGCCAAGUUUUCAUCACGUACACAAACUACAGAUACCAUUUUUUUCUUGGUUGUGAAAUUCUUCCUAGAUUGUGCUGUCUUUCCCAAAAUAGUCCAAAUAAUGCAACCAAGGAAUCAAGCCAGCUGAUCCAAGAAUAUCGGGAAUGUCAAACAUUGUACUUACAGAAUUCUGCCAUUAUAAUUCACAACAAAAGAGCCACAUGCAGUCCAAAAUUCCUUCCACUUGAUUUGCCACCAUAGACAGACACAUGAGGGUCAUUUGACCACUUGUAACUGACAGGACAACUCUGUCAAGAAUGCAUCUUUGCUUAGGAGGGUUACUGAGCAACUGGUCAAGGUAACCUGUAACCUGUUAGUCUGUAACCUGUUUAACUUGUUAACCACAAUAACAAGCAACGUGCAUGCACAACAUGUGCAUGAUGUUUUACCCUUAAAACUGACAGGAUCAUCUACUGCAUGUAGUAGCUUCACUAAUACAUGCAGUUUCCAUGGCUACAUGAAUAUGUAACAGGCAUAUGAAGUGACCUUACCGAUUACAUUCUAUUUUUAUUGUUUGGAAUGAAAAAAUGCCCCCCCUUCCAAAAAAAGGCAGAAAUAUUACAUGUAGUGGUGUAUGAUGAAAACUACCCUGUUAUGUAAGAAGAGAAAUCAGUUUCUGACAAAAAAUCUACAAAUUGAUAACUAUUGGUUACAAUUUUUUUUAAGUUUUCAAUUUGUGGGAUGCACAGGUCAUCCUUUUCCCUAGGUAACUUCAAGUUAUGAAUCAACAUUUUCUGAAAUCCAUGUAUUGUAUUUUUUGCAACCGUUUGAAAAAAAUCUUUUUCCUUUAAUUUCUUAAAACAUUCUAGUAUCUUAUAAUUCUGCCAGUAACGUAAGGCCAAGCAGAGUGUUCAAAAAUUGUACGCUGCCUUUGCUACCUUAACCAAUCAUGUCUUUCUCGGCCCAGUGGCCUUAAUCACUUCGGCAUAUCAUGUCCAAUACAGUCAAUGCCAAACAUACGCAUCAUCUGAUGCAAUGCUGGAAGUAGUGACUAUCAGUUCUGUCUGACACAGCUGCAGAACGCUGAGGUAAAAUGCAAUCUUCGUGCAUCAUGGCCUUUUUUUUUCAAACAUAGGGAUCCCAUUGCGAUAACUUAAUAUCUUCUUGACACUGCCAAAAGAACCGACAUUUAAAUGACACAGACUGAGCCAAUCAGGUGUAGCUGUAAUGAUAACGUCUUGUAUCUACCUCAUA